ACCACGGAGAGUAGGCGACUUUUCUCCGUGGUAUAAAAUUCCAAUUUCCUUUUUUAAAAAUCUGAACUUGAAGACAAAGUUGUUUUUUUUAAUAAAAAACAGUGGAUAGUAUUUAAUCAUGACAGUUUCCGCGAUCGACAGCCAACGCUUAAACAAAGUCCUUCGGAAACAAAGAGGCAGAAACCUGAUCCUGGACUGUAGACCGUUUUUGUCCUUCGCCGCGUCUCACGUUCACGGGUCGCACAGCGUGAACCUGAAUUCGGUGGUGGUGAGGAGGUCCAAAGGUGGCCCGAUCCCUCUGCAGUUCAUCAUCCCGGACGAGAAAGCCAGAGCCCGGUUUCGAGAAGGCAGGGUAUCCACUGUGGUGAUACUGGACGAGAGAACUUCGCAGAAACAGAGACUGAGCAAAGACAGUACGGCGCAGAACGUGUUAAACACGUUAACUGCUGUCAUAUCAACGGCCAAAAUAUAUUUUCUCAAAGGGGGGUAUGAAGAUUUUCACUCUCAGUAUCCAGAGUGCUGCACAGAGCUGAAACAAGGCUUGAACUACUCCAGUCUGCAAGAGGUUAAAGAAACUGAUGCAAGCCGUUCAAACCAGCUUGAAAACCCCUGCAGGCCAGCCUAUGAUCAGGGGAAGCCUGUGGAGAUUCUGCCUUUUUUAUACUUGGGCAGUGCUUACCACGCCUCAAGACCGGACUUCUUAGAUGAUCUGCACAUCACUGCUUUGCUAAACGUCUCCCGAAGCUGUGCAGAAUACUUCAAAAGCAAUUACCUUUACAAGUUCAUCCCUGUAGAAGACAGUGCCUCAGCAGAUAUAAGUUCCCAUUUCCAGGAAGCAAUAGACUUCAUUGAUCACGUGAGACACACAGGAGGGAAGGUUCUAGUCCACUGUGAAGCAGGGGUCUCUCGGUCACCCACAAUCUGCUUAGCCUAUCUAAUGAAAAGCAAGCAACUACGACUGGACGAAGCCUUUGACUACAUCAAAGAGCGGAGAAGUACUAUUUCUCCUAACUUUGGAUUUAUGAACCAGCUACUACAUUACGAAUCUGAAAUGCUCCCCCUUACCCACACCAUCAGUUCUUGUAAAAGAGACACAGCAUCCUGCUCUGCAGAGGAAUUGACCUACAACAAAAGUUUGGACAGUUCAGUUUUUACCUUUCCCGGUUCACUCUUAAGUACAGUGCCAAUCCCAGCACCAGGUCAUCAGUUUGAAUUCAGUCCAAUAAAGGUAUCACUUUCAUGUUGAAACAGAGCACACCAGAAACUGUGAAGUGGAGAAACAUGAAAACGCUCACAUCGGGUGAUGGAGAACCUUGACUGCUUUUCUUCUGCAAUACUUCGUGCUUACCAGGCUUAGUGCUGACACUGUAACUCAUUACCAAUGAAAUGGAAAAGGCAGUGUAACUUUGGAGCAUCUGUUCAAUAUCGUCUUUGCUGUUACAUGUCCACAUAGUCUAAUAGAGCUGAGGCCUUCCAUUGUUUUAUGUCUCAUAUGUCAUAUGUUCUGAACACAUAAACACAAACCGAAGCUGAUAUCAACAGUGUACUCUGUUUCUACGUUUACACCACCGUGUUCACUUCAGGUCUAUGUGUCUCAAACAAUUGCAUGAACAGUCUUAGUCUUAUAUGGGUGAAGUUAAACAAGGUAAAAUACCAAUAAAUGUGUUUUUUCCCUCUGAAAACAAGCAUAAUACGAAAGAAGAGGAGGAACAACUACAAAUCUUAAUCAGCAUUGUUCAAGAACUGGAAUCCCUGUGCUUGUUUACCAUGUUACAAUAAAUGGCUUGUACAAAAUGCUUGAAGAGCUCAGCAGGUCAGGCAGUAUCCAUGGAAAGGAAUGACGAGGCAGGGUCUUCACCAGAAAUCCAUAGAUGUUGCCUGACCUGCUGAACUUCUCCAGCAAUUUGUGUGCAUUACAACAUCUACAGAAUCUCUUGUGUUUAGAUUAAAUGCCUCUUUUAGUUUACACAACCAGUUCAAACAAAGUAUAUGUGAAAUGAAAACUAAUUCAAUUGAAAUAAGCUUUUAUCCCAAACAUCAAGUUUUAUCUGAUUCUAUAAUAACAAAAUAUUUUCUUGCAUGGAAACAGAGAUUUCAAAUGCUUGAAGUCCAAUCUAAUUGAAAGAUAAGUUUUCAUGUACUGUUGUUUGUAUCGACAGGAUGCCCCACCGGAGUUUGCUGCCAAUUCCUCUGUUUCUCAGGUGCAGCCAUUGUUGUAACAUAAAUAGCAGCCAAUGUUGUAUAUAGCUUGAUUCCACAAUCAGACAUUGGGUGAAUAUUCAGUUCAUCUGUUAUGGUUGAUUGAUAAACAUUGGUUGGGACACCAUGAGAACUCCUUGGUCUUCUUCAGAUGGGUCUUGAUUUGAUUUCAUUGAUAAAAGGAACCCACUUCAGGAUGUCAAGUGUUAAGACCAGUAGUUUGACAUGAAGCCCUAAACUGCUGUCAGUUUGGUUCCUCCUUUUCAGAAGUCCUGGUAUUUAUUUGUAUUUAUAAUUUGUUUUUGGGUUAGGGUUAUGGAAGUUGGAACUAAACACCAUAAUCUUUGCUCACUCAAGUAGUACAUCACUGUUAUCAUGGCUCCUCUCAGGUCCAGGGAAGAAAAGGAUUUAAAACGUUCCUUCCUCUACCUGUGUGGCUGAACUUCAAUGGACUGAUCCUCUCCCGUGCAAAUAGAAAUCAAGCCACUAAUAGCCACCUGGGGUCAUACGUGUAACUUAAGGUAAACUUUCCUUCUCAUCCAGUGUGGGGGUGAAUGAUCCCAGCAGUAACCUCAUGAAUAUCUUACAACACUCAUUCAUUUGUUAUGUGCCGUGUCGUAUGAUGUAGAUGAUCAUGGUCUUCCCAUGACCAGGAUUGUUCUUGGCAAAUUUUUCUACAGAAGUGGUUUGCCAUUGCCUUCUUCUGGGCAGUGUCUUUACAAGAGUGGUGACCUCAGUCAUUAUCAAUACUCUUCAGAGAUUGUGGACCUGGUGUCAGUGGUUGCAUAGCCAGGCCCUGUGAUAUGCACCAGCUGCUCAUACGACCACCCACCACCUGCUCCAUGACUUCAUGUGACCCUGAUCCAGUGGUGGGGAGGAGGGCGCUAAGCAGGUUCUACACCUUUUCCAAGAGUGACCUACAGGCUAGGGGACAGAAGGAGCGCCACACGCCUCCUUUGCUAGAAACCUAUCUUCAUCACACCGUCAUCUUACCAAACUGCUACCUCUAAAACAUUAAAAGUAAAUUAAGUGUUAAUAUAACCUUGGUGCUCUCCUGCAUUUCAUUAUUUCAGCUGUCCUACUGUUAAAUGAGACUACAAUAGAGUUAGAGGCAUUGUUGUCAAGUUUGUCUCAUGACCCUGUGAAGUACUGUAUACAACCCGAGAGCUACAGUAUGUGGGAAUACUUUCAGGGAAAGUUGCAAUAUUCUCUUGUAAAUGAGCAAUACAUUUUGGGAAUAUGUGCAGUGGUGUUAAUUUGUAUGUCUUCUUGUACAACGUCAAUAAAACAAGAUUUCAAAUGAAAUUAAAAAAAGAUCCAAGUCAAUAAAGACUAUAUAUCUUUCUCACUAAUAUCCACGGCUGAAAAAGUGUGACAGCAAGUUCUUGGGGCAGGAGCUUCUCGUGAACAACAUAAAGAUAUGGGCACACAUAAGACUGCUGGUAAUGUACUAAGGUUGUAAUAGCAUAGAGUGGCCAACAUUUCCAAGGAUAUAGCAAGUUCUCCUUAAGGUUUGAGUCGCAGUUUCUACGUAAGCCAACCCACUUUCCUGGCCACCAUUAACCUCCCCCAGUUUUUCCAAUUUCAACUGCAUUGCUGACCACAGAUUCACCUGUAAUCUUGGCCCACCCUUCGGAUCCAAUCCCAAGCACAAAACUAUUCCUGUUUCUGACCUCUGGUGUUCCCAAAUGCAGGUUUCCAUUGCUUCUAUUAUGGUUAUUAUUAUAUUAUGAUUUAUUGAGUAUGCCCACUAGACAAUAAAUCUCAGGGUUAUAUAUACUUCAAUAAUAAACUUACUUUGAUCUUUGAAACUUGUGUGUAGAAGGUUUCAUAGAUGGUGAAUCAAUGGUUAACUACAACUCAGUAACUAUCACAAAACCAGCCAUUUUGAAAAGAGAUGCGUGUCAUUUCCCAGCUACUUUUGCCAAAACUGCCCUAAUAAAGGCAUUUCAGCAUCGAGUUGCCUCAGUGGUUAAAACCCCAAGGUCAGCAAGUCUGGAGGUCGAAUCCUAUAUCAGCUAGUCUGGAGGUUAGAGGCCCGAUCUCUGUGAGUCCAGGGUCUUGGUCUGGAGGUCAAAGGCCCAGAGGAACUUGUCCU